UGUUAUUACAGGGCAGUGUCUACCAACUGAAAUUGUAACCCUUGAAUACUAAAUAAAUCUCGGAGGAGAUGGGCACACAAAUGGCGUUAUUCGUGACUCUCGAAGUGUGACGGCAAAUUAGUUGUCUAAGGGUCAAAUUGCACAAUGGUGAUAUUUACACCGCCAUGUAGAGCUCCUUCCUGCGUCACUGGUUAUGCUGUUGCAGAAGUCAAUACUUAACAGUUUACGAAAGAUGGCGCAGUCGGAGCUCGUCUGUGUUGCUGAUUUUGAGCCGUAUUUAAAGCAGGGAUUGUCGGCGGUGGAAUAUGGGUACUACACCGAUGGGGCUGAUGGGGAACAGACACUUCGAGACAACGUCAAAGCCUUCCUGAGGUAUCGGCUCAGACCACGAUGCUUGCGUGACGUAUCCCACCGUGUGACCCGAACGAGCAUCCUGGGUCAUGCCAUUGAGUUUCCGGUAGGGGUCAGUCCGACUUCCAGCCAUGGGGUCAUACAUAAAGAUGGAGAAAAGGCAACUGCUAGAGCCGCAGCCAGCACUGGUACCGUGAUGAUCUUAAGUAUGUUCGCCAAUACAUCCAUUGAAGACGUGGCAGCAUCAGUUCCACAAGAAACCCUUCUCUUCAUGCAACUCAACAUCUUAGUUGACAGAAAGAUGACCGAGAACAUUAUCAAGCGAGUCAUUGCGUCCGGCCGGUACAGGGCACUAGUAGUGACCGUGGACCAGCCCUGCACCGGUAAAAUACAAAGUAGGAAAAAAAAAACACUACCUGCACAUCUAUCGUUGCCGCAGCUAGUUAGUCCCGGUGAAUCGAGCCGGUCAGUUUUGAUUAAGUGGAACAUGUUCGACCCUGCAUGUACCUGGGCUGACAUCAAAUGGCUUCAGGGUGUGACGUCAUUGCCUAUCAUUCUCAAAGGCAUACUCACAGCUGAGUGUGCCAAGAUGGCGGCAAGCCUCGGUGUUGCUGGUAUCUUAGUUUCCAAUCACGGCGGACGGCAGUUGGAUGGCGUAGCUGCAACGAUAGAUUCAUUAUCAGAGGUGGUCGAGGCAGUAAAAGGUUCAAACAUUGAGGUUUAUCUCGAUGGUGGAGUCCGUAAAGGAACCGACGUACUCAAAGCAUUGGCCAUGGGGGCUAGAGCCGUCUUCAUCGGUAGGCCGGCACUCUGGGGUCUCGCUUACAAUGGCGAGGCAGGAGUAAAAAAUGUUCUGGAUAUUCUGAAAGACGAGUUCAGCUUGGCAAUGGCACUGACUGGUUGUUCGUCAGUUGCUGAAAUCACACCAGGUUUGGUCAAGGCUUCCCCGUUGAGUAAUCUAUGACGUCAUUUUUCAUUCACCAAACAUUAUUUAUCAAUUUUGUUUGGACUAAACAAACACAUUAUGCAUAAUAUACUCUAAAUUUGCAAAUUGCUUUCUAAAACGCAGUUCUUUGUGAAAUUCCUUUUUUUCCUUCUUAAUCUUCUGUCUUUUUGAUGUUUUUAUUACGGGAUGUUUUGAUUUUGGGAAGUUUAUCAAUAUUCAAAUUUCUGUAGUUGUAGUUUUAGUCAUAGUUUUCCUGGAUGGGCCACCAAUGGUUGGGAUGGCCUUGUUCUUGUGGUUAAAUUAUUUCAGAUUGAGGGUUGCAAAGACAAAUUGACUCUAGAUUCGUUGGUUCAAAUCCUGCGCUAUAGUUUACUUUAUGACAAGUCGUUAGCACUGCAUGUUACAAACACACAUUCUGCCGUUCAUGCUGCAGUCACAGCGCGAUUAUACAUGCAUGCAACGGUCGUAGGAUAGUAGCGCGUGUCAGCUCUAACCACACACACAUUGGGCUCAAGGAUGAGUUUACCGUCCCCGUAACUACACUGCGCUUAACAAUUACUGACUUGAUUUAAAGAUUAGCUUUAUAGUCAUUUUUUUCUUUGUUCAACCCAAAAUCUUAAAAGAAUGCCCAGUCAGUUUCCCUUAUGGUUUUAUUAUUAUG